GUGGUCCAAGGGGCUGAUGCUGGUGAUGGAUCCGGCUUGACAGAACAAGGUUAUCCGCCAGGAGAGAGCCCGUCCAUUUUCUUCAUCCGCUCCUCACUCGCAGCAGCAGCAGCCGCUCCCCGCCCGCUCGCGCUACGGAGCGCGUCCCCGGGACUCCGCUUCUCCACGCACGGCAGAGGCGCAGGUUGCCGCGCCCAACAGAACCCGGGAUGCGACCGUCUCCUGCAGCUGGCUGGGAUGCGCCUCAGAAGCUAAAAUAAUGCCUCGCUGUCACUUUGCUAAGACGAGGAACGCAAAGAGAGAAUCAUAACCGGAGUGGAUGUAACCGGAAAAGUCAUUUGCAUGGAUUUAAUUAGCGUUUACCGAUCAUUCACGUGUGAACUUUUUCCUCUGACGAUGUGAAUCUUGUGUAUUCUUUGCAAUGCAUCACAUUAGAGUGUUUUUCUAACCUCUUCAGCACACUGACUCAUUGAAGAUGCAGAUGCUGCUUUUAAGAACGAUCUUUUUCAUUGCAGGAUGUCCACAUGUUUUGUUGCGUGGAGAAAGCCGUAAUGCACACACCAAAGAUACUCUUAGGAGCCUUCAUGAUCCAAAACCCAGAGCCACACGCCCUGCGAGGCAUCCAGCCGCAGGUACACCUGCCUUUGACAUCAAACACACUUCAGAAGACAACAGUAACUUGUCCUCACGUCUCUGGAGCGCAGGUAAACCGUAUGGAUACAGACAUCUCUUGUCGAACAGAACACACGCGGCGACGAAGAGUGCCACAAACCUGCAUAAGCUCUUGCGGCGACAUAAAAGGAAAAAGUUGAAUGGUGAGAUGCCUGCUACCAUGGGAACAGCAGAUGGACACAAUAACUCUAAGCCGAGCAAGCGAGGGAGAAACCACAGGCGCAAAAGAGGCACAAAGGAGCACCACAAGAAAACGUUUAAGAGCUUGAAAAGGGGCCAGAAUAAAAGCGCUGCCUCAUCGACACCAGUCGAAACUUACUAUAAUGCUCUAACGUCCUCUUUUACCAUGUGGGAACCCAUGCCCAAACCUCUAGCUCUCACCUCCACAGAUUUCCCAUUUGAUCUCACCAGAUAUACUGAGUUCCACACCAAACAGGUAGACGACCCAUGGGAUGCCACGCCAAUGACCCCUCCGUACGCCGAGGACGAGGAGAGCGAAUUCUUCCCCAAUCCUUUCUACCCCGUCACUAGCGAGACAUAUGGGGCGUAUGCAAUCACUAUCGUUUCGGUCCUUAUCUUCGCUGUUGGAGUAACGGGGAACAUAGCAAUAAUGUGUGUGGUGUGCCAUAACUACUACAUGAGGAGCAUCUCAAACGCUCUUCUGGCUAACCUGGCUGUUUGGGACUUUGCGCUGCUCUUGUUUUGCCUGCCUCUCGUGGUGUUUCACGAGCUCACAAAGACCUGGCUGUUGGGCCAGUUCACCUGUAAAGUCGUACCAUAUAUUGAGGUGGCGUCUCUCGGUGUGACCACUUUCACCCUCUGCGCUCUCUGUAUUGACCGUUUCCGCGCCGCCACCAAUGUCCAGAUGUACUACGAGAUGAUUGAGAAUUGCACCUCCACUGCCGCCAAGCUGGCCGUCAUCUGGAUCGGUGCCUUACUCCUCGCACUCCCCGAGCUCCUGAUCCGGCAGCUGGUGUCGGAAAACGGCGACGGCACAGUAGAGGACCCGGCGUCGGAGCGCUGCCUGAUUCGCAUCUCCACUUCCCUGCCGGACACGCUGUACGUGCUGGGCCUGACCUAUGAGGGCGCGCGUCUGUGGUGGUGCUUCGGCUGCUACUUCUGCCUGCCUACGCUCUUCACCAUCGGCAGCUCGGUGGCGACCGCCCGGCGGAUCCGGCGUGCCGAGCGCGGCUGCGCCAGAGGCAACAAGAAGCAGAUCCGAUUGGAAAGCCAAAUGAACUGCACCGUAGUGGCACUGGCGAUCGUGUACGGUGCGUGCGUGGUGCCGGAGAACGUGUGCAACAUGGUUUCGGCGUACAUGGCGGCCGGGGUCCCUCAAAGCACCAUGGCGCUGUUGCACCUGCUCAGUCAGCUGCUGCUAUUCCUGCGGGCGGCCGUCACGCCGGUGCUGCUGCUCUGCCUGUGCCGACCCUUCGGCCGCGCCUUCCUGGAGUGCUGCUGCUGCGCCGACGCCUGUGGGAUAGCGGCCCACUCUUCGGCCACUGCAAGUGACGACAACGAGCACGAGUGCACGACGGAACUGGAGCUGUCCCCGUUCAGCACUAUCCGCCGAGAGAUGUCCAACUACACAGCGACUGGAUCGCACUGCUGAGGCGUGUGGAUUCUAGUGCCAACAAGCACAUGCUUUUGUCUUACCUGUGUAAAUACUUUGACCACGACGAUAUGUUGCUCUUUUAAAGAAAGUAAUGUAGACUGAAAGUUAUGUAAUUACUUUUUUUGUAUAAUUGUCCUUAAUAUAUAUAUAUAUAAAUAUAUAAACACUGAACUAGUGACUGCUUUAAUUUUGCAGUUUGUUUGCACUGCCAACCACUUUAGCUUUCUCUCCACUCUGUUUUCACACUGACACCGUGUCUACACUGGAAGAGAUCGGGAUUGAGUUGCACUAAAAGCGUCGGUCACCUCAGGAUGCUCGUUAAUCAUAGACCAAUCACGUGCAAGUUUGAGGGUAGACUCAGGCCCUGGCCACACGAACACAGGUAUUUUCAAAACCGCAGCUUUUACUAUGCGGUUUAGCCAUUCGUACACAUGCAAACGCAGUAUCCGGUCACAGAAACCAAACAUUUUUGAAAACUCCUGCCAGGGUGAAGAUUUUCUAGAAACUCCAAUUACAGUGUUGUCGUGUAGACAAUGAAACCGGAGAUUUUGGCUUGUGACGUCGGUACAGGAACCUGUAAUAAAAAAUUUUUCAGGCUUCUGAUUGGCUAACAUGGCUUUACGGUUAGGAUUAUAUUGCCACCUGUUGGUUUGGCAUGCACUUGACAGUGCUUCAUAGAAUGUUUUUGCGUUUUCAUGUGGACACAAUUUUUUUUAUAAAAAAAAAACAGAGGAUAAAAAAGAGGAAAAAGUUGAUAAAAAUUCCCAUGUACGUGUGGACUAGGCCUCAAACUGAAGUUAAAUAAAUCUAUUGAAUGUAAAAUGCUACUUUUAUUUUUGACAAAAAUCCAUCUUUUAUAAUUUUUAUAAUUGUAUUAUAUAAUAUUUUAUUAUUUAUUAUUCUAUUUUCAAUACAUUACAUUUAUUUCAUUUAAUUAGAUUUUUUUAAUUUAGUAAUUAAUUUUUUUUUUUUUUCAUAAAAAAUCCUUUACAGUGAUUUUACAAAUUGCAAUUAUUUUACAGUUAUUUUUUAAAAAAAACUUUUACUUUUACUUUGACAAAAAUCAAUUUUUCAUAUUUUUUUAUUUUAUUUUUUAAAUUAGUUUUAAUUUAGUAAUUCAUUUAUUUUUGUAAUAUAUUUUAUUUUAUUCAUAAAUAAUCCAUUGUUAAAAGCUUUACAGUGACUUUACAUAGAUUAUUUAACUGUAUAUAACUACCACAAAAAUGUGUAAUGAAUGAAUGAAAUUCAUAGCAAAAAAAAAAACAUUAUUAAUCUUAUUUUUUUCAGACAUAAGUGGAGGGUUCCCACAACUUUGUCAAAUGAACUGCAAUUAUUUUACAGUAAUUUAUAAUAAUUUUAACAAAAACAUUUUAGAGUUUUAAAAAAAUUGUAAAAAUAUUUUAGAGUUGGGCAUCACUAUAAAUAAUCUUUUUUUUUUUUUUUUUUUUUUUUUUUUUAAGAUUUUAUUCAUUUCCACCAUUUUUCCAGGCCUGAAAAUAACAAACAGCUCAUCUGAAGUUCUCCAGUGCAGAUAGUUGACUUGAUUAAAGGAAUCUGUCCAGUUUUGACACGUCGAGCUCGUCCGGUGUAGACACGGUGUUCCUGUCGCACGGUGAGUUUCUGCAUUUAUUGAAAGUAACAUUUCUCUAAUGUUUGUAAAUGGCUGUGUGUUGCGUGCCGUGACCUUUCUCUUGAUGAAGGUGAUUCUUGUGAAUCGUUCUUGAAGUCUGUAGAGCAGAUGUGUGGGUAACUCACCCGCCCAGAUCUGUAUGUGUCUUACACCUGUGAACACCCACACGAUGCUCGUUCUAGUUAACGCUUUCUAAACGUUUUUAUAUAACCAAAACGAAAUGUCUCUUUAAUAAACAGGAAACGUUUGCUAGAAGAAUGGCAAACCGAUGAAUUAAAA